AUGAGUGACCUUCCAUCGGAGCGUAUAACACCAGCCAAUCCAUUUGAGUACACGACAGUGGACUUAUUUGGACCUUACAAAGUGAAGGAUGAGGUGAGAAAGAAGGUGAAGCUCAAAGUGUGGGGAAUUGUCUUCUGUUGCAUGGCGUCCAGAGCUAUGCACACAGACCUUGUCAGUGACCAGUCAGCUGAAGGCUUCUUACCUGCCCUCAAAGAGCUCCACAUGUUUUUGGACCGACUGGAGAAAUCAAAGCUUGAAUAUGAAGUCUCCAAGCAUGGCACAGAAUGGAACUGGAGGAUCCAUCCAGCAGACUCACUUCACAGGAACGGAGCUGCUGAAGCUGCUGUCCGGACUGUGAAGCAGGAUUUGCACAAUCUGGGGGGUAAUGGAGUCUUCACAUGGGUGAUCUUGCAGCAGCCCAGUAUUUCCCUCAGUGAUCCUGAUGGAUUGUUUCAUGUGGGGCCUCAGGGGCCAGUGAUCACCAGGGGUCACAGUUUCAAUAUCAUCUGUAACACGGACUCUCAGUAUCCUGGAGGAUCUUUUCACCUGUUCAGAGGAUCAAACAUCACCAGGACUGAGUCAGCUGUCAGUCACUCUGCCUCCUUCUUCUUUCCUGAAGCAGAUUAUUCACACGAGGGAAACUACAGUUGUGUUUAUGAAGUCAGUGUCUCCUCACGCUCCUUUCAUUCAUCUGACUCUGAACUGCUGCUCAUCACUAUCACAGUGAUCUUGCAGCAGCCCAGUAUUUCCCUCAGUGAUCCUGAUGGAUUGUUUCAUGUGGGGCCUCAGGGGCCAGUGAUCACCAGGGGUCACAGUUUCACUAUCAUCUGUAACACGGACUCUCAGUAUCCUGGAGGAUCUUUUCACCUGUUCAGAGGAUCAAGCAUCACCAGGACUGAGUCAGCUGUCAGUCACUCUGCCUCAUUCUUCUUUCCUGAAGCAGAUUAUUCACACGAGGGAAACUACAGUUGUGUUUAUGAAGUCAGUGUCUCCUCACGCUCCUUUCAUUCAUCUGCCUCUGAACUGUUGCUCAUCACUAUCACAGCCUCUCUGCUUCCUGUCAUUGGUGCUGCAGUGUCAGCUGUGCUGCUCUUAUUGUCUGUCCUUAUAAUCAUCCUCCUGCUGAAGAGAAGACAAAAGAAAAGGAACAAGGAAACACAUUCAAAGUGCGCUUUUAAGAAAGGUCAAGCUACAUCACAUAGAAGCAAAAAUGAAGAGGAUGAUAAGGCUCUUUAUGAAAAUGUUGAACUUGAUGAAAGCAUGGAUCAUGAUGAAUUUGAACAGGACUAUAUUAAUGUGGACUCUGAUCGUUCUGAACAGGACUAUAUUAAUGUGGACUCUGAUCGUUCUGAACAGGAUUAUGUCAAUGUGCACUCAGAUGAUUCUUAA